AUGGAGGUAUCAGCACUAAAACACCCAAUUCACGAACAUCUUUUGUACCCUUCAACUCGAUUUCUCUGUCCUCCUUGCAAAUGUUGUGGAGUAAUAGAUCACAUCUACGAAGGCUACCGUUGCAAUGAAUCUGAAUGUUACAAUAAAGGAGUUUGGUUCCAUAAGGAGUGUGUCGAGUCACCAUCGGAAAUCAACCAUCCUUCUCACCCUCAACAUCCUCUUUUUUUCAGCACGGAGAUAGAUUCCAAACCGUGUCAUUUGUGCGGACGUUUAAUCAGCAGAGGUGGUUAUUGCUGUGCGAUCUGCGACUUUGUCACAGAUAUGGCUUGUGCACUAAAACCACCGCCACCUCUAGCUAUUGAGCAUCCGAUGUUCCAUGAGCAUUCACUUGUCCGCACAAAUAAGUUUCAAAAUUGUGAAAUAUGCAAGAAUUAUAUUGGAGAAGGAUAUCCUUAUGAAUGCCUUACUUGCAAAGAUGUUCUUUUUCACUUGGACUGCGUCAACCAGUCAAGAGAGGUAAACCAUUCGUCUCACUCUAGUCAUAUUCUUGAGUUUGUCAUAUCUGAAGCACUUCCAGAAAAAGCUGAGAAGACAUGCAUUUUGUGCGGAUUAGAAUCACAACAUAUGCUUUAUCAUUGUUCCAAAUGCAACUUUAGCAUAUGUAUUUACUGCAAGAGGAAUCCUCCUCCACCCACUGUCGAGCAUACCAAGACCCACAAGCAUAAGCUCUCCCUCUUGUCAAGACGAGUCUUGUUUACUUGUAAUGUUUGUGGGUUCCAAGGCGAUCGAAGUCCUUAUUCAUGUAUUCAGUGCAGUUUCUUAGUUCAUCAGCAUUGUAUCAACUUGCCUCGUGUCAUAAACAUCAACCGUCAUGAUCACCGCAUCUCUCUCAUUGAUCAUAUUGGGCGUGGGAAUCUAAAGUGUGGAGUCUGUCACAAAAGUGUUGAUCAGUACUGUGGAGGUUAUACUUGCUCCACUUGCCCUGAUUUUGUUGUUCAUUCUUCAUGCCCAAUACAACACAAUGUGUGGGAUGGAGUCGAACUUGAAGGGAUCCCUGAAGAAGAAGUUAUUCCUCCUUUCGUGGUGGUGGGUGAUAACUUGAUAAAGCAUUUCAGCCAUGAUCAUCAUAUUCUUCGACUAGAGAGUACUGAUGGUACAAGUACUCGUGAUGCAAAAACAAGAUGCGAAGCAUGCGUCUCUCCCGUCUAUUCUGAUCCAAUAUACAGCUGUGAGCAAUGUGAUUUCAUCCUCCACCAGACAUGCGCAAAUCUUCCAAUGAAAAAACGACUUCCGUUUUACAACAUACAGUUCAAACUAUACGCUCCCGACAUGGAUUCCUACGAAGCUUUUAAAUGUUACGCCUGUAAGACAAUUUUUAGCGGUUUCAGGUACGAGGCUGAUGAUAUCAUUAUAGAUGUACGUUGCGGUACUUUUUCUGAACUGGAAUCAUAUGAUUUCCAUGACCACCCUUUAUAUUAUGGUGAUAAGAAUGCUUCUCCAAGGUGCCGUGCAUGCCAAAGGGGAGAGGUGUUACAAAAGAUGCUCGCUUGUGAUGAUUGUGACUUUGAGUUGGAUUUCCGGUGCUUUAAUUUGCCAAGGGUUGUGAAGCAUAAAGACGACGAGCCUCCUCUUUCCUUAUGUUAUGGUGAAGAAGAUCCAAAUGGUAAAUACUGGUGUGAUAUUUGUGAGGGUGAAACAAAUCCGAAAGAAUGGUUCUACACUUGCUCUCAUUCUGGGGUUACACUGCAUGUCCAGUGUGUCCUUGGAGAUUUCUCUUUUCUCAUGCCAAGACGCUUAAUGGAAUCCAGUCGGUACUGCAAAUUUGAAGUGGUUCCUAACAACCAUUGUUUUCGACCGUUCUGUGCCGGUUGCCAAUCUCGAUGUAUAGGCCCUUUCUUUCUAAAGAUUUCUAAUCCGGAAAUCAUAUACAUCUGUUCUGAAGACUGUUUAAAUAAAAAGAUCACUUAUCCAGUUGCUUGA